AUGAAUCGAUAAUAAGAACAAAUUAUUUCUCAGGAAAUGGAAAAAGAAUUUAGAAAUGAAGUAAUGAGAAUUUGCAUUUUUAAUUGUGCUUGCUAAUUUUACAUGUUAAUCUUUAGUUGUAAAUUAAUAUGGCUAUUCGAUUCUAAAUACAUAAUAAUAUUUGCUUGGUUCAUGGAUUUGAUCACCUUCGUUAUAGUUAUGCUUGAUAGGAACAUAGGCAAAGUCUUGUCUGUGGUUCAUUUUUUGGAGAAAGUCCUGAGCAUAUCGUUUAAGGUAAAAUCAUGUUUUUAAAGAUUAUAUUAGAUUACUAUAGUUAUUCACUUUGAAGUCAAGGAAAUUAAACUCUUCUAUAUUCCAGCAGUUCAACUAUUCAUCACUAUUGGAUUAUUUCUUUUUUAGGUACUCCAUCACGAUUAAUCCAAAAGAAAGCAUAUAAUAAUCGCUCAUUCGUAUUCUGUUCUUUAUGUGAUCUAACUCCUUCUAUUAACCUUAAAAUGGAACAACCUAUUCGGAUACACAUAUUAUUAAACAUUCAUAAUAGCAUGGACUGCACUUGGAAUAAACACAUUCUUGAUUAUAUUGUUAUUGAUAACCAUGGUCGAGAAUUGCUUCCUCAGACACCUACCACAAAUAAAUGGUAAAAAAUAUUAUUAUUAAGGAACUAUAAUAUUUUGGUUUGUGUUUUACAUAUUUGGAUUAACCAUAAUUCCCUUCUUUCUAUUAAAAACUAUUUGUGAAUACUAUGAAAACGACACUCUCUACACUAAUAUCCAAUUGUCAUCGGUUGCAAUAUUAGUCUGUAUUUUGAUAUAUCUCUUUUUGUUUAUUUUCUUCACUCUAAAAAUUAAGAAGCAAUUGACUGUCAUUUUGUAAUUGGAUCAUCGAUAAGCUGUCACACCAAAACGACCAUUAUAAGAAACAACCUAAAAAAAGUGGAGAAAAUUAAAAAUUCCAAUAAUGUUCGUCAGAAUUUCAGCAUCCUAUUAUAAAAUGCUUACUAGAUAAUCAACAACUGAUACUAACUCUCGUAAUACUAGUUCUAUCCCUAUUUGCAGCGAUGUAUUACGACCUGAUUCACUUAAUUUUCGUCAAUCGCCAUGUCAAACAAUGAUGAAACAAAUGAAAUCUAUCCCUAAAGAUUAGGAUUCUGGAGACUUUUGUUUGAUUUGUUUUGAGAAUGAACCUGAUGUAGUAUUACAUCCUUGUAAUCAUGGAGGUAUUUGUAACAAUUGCUCAGAAAAUAUGAUAAAAACUACCAAAUAAUGUUUUCUAUGCAGAUCAGAAAUUAGAUAUGCACUGAAAAUUAAUCAAAAAGAUGGUGAGAUGCUAGAAGCUACUGAUGUAUAAAAAGUUUGA